AUGCCUUCACAAUCCGGUUGGCGGCCCCUCGACAUUGCCAUCGUCGGUGGUGGCAUCGGCGGUUUAGCAGCUGCCAUUGCGCUAAGACGUGCCGGUCACAAGGUUACCAUGUAUGAACGGGCGGACUAUGCUGGCGAAGUGGGCGCUUCGAUCUCUUGCGCUGCGAAUGGAACCCGGUGGCUUCAUGAGUGGGAAGUCGAUGUCGCAAAGGGCGACCCCGUUAUCUUGCGAAAGCUAAUCAAUCGAGAUUGGAAGACUGGCGAGCCUGUUAGUGUCUAUGAUCUGGCUGACUAUGAAGAGAAAUGGGGACAUGUCUAUAACAUGUUCCACCGACAGUAUAUGCAUGCGAUGUUGAUGGACAGUGCAGUCGGAGAAGGCAAAGGCGUACCCGUCAAACUGGUUGUUAACCACAAGUGCAAGGACCUUGAUGUUGACUCCGGCAAAAUCUCAUUCGAAAACGGAACCACCGCGCAACACGACGUCGUGGUUGGUGCGGACGGAAUCGGAUCUGCAGUCCGGUCCCUCAUCGGAAUCCAUCCAGAGAAGAAAGCGGCUUCCUCAAGCUGUCUGCACGCCAACGUCGAUACAGCAACAGCUGUGAAGCUAGGCCUUGUCGAUUACUCACAGAAUAGCGCGAUCGAAUACUGGGGAGGACAUCAUAACGUCAAUAAGAUUGUCCUUUCUCCGUGCAACGGUGGUAGUCUGCUGUCCUACUACUGUUUCUUCCCCCGCGAGAAAGGAGACUAUGCUGCUCAAAAUUGGAACAGUGAAGCAACCGUGGAAGAGCUAUUGGCUCCAUAUCCCGAUUUGGACCCUCAGGUAUUCGGACAUCUAAAGAUCGGAAAGGAAAUUAGACCAUGGCGGUUGUGGGUGCAUGAGCCGUAUGCUUGGUGGCAAAAAGGUGUGGCGUGCAUCAUGGGCGAUGCUGCACAUCCGAUGAUGCCUGACCAAAGCCAAGGCGCUUGUAUGGCGAUCGAAGAUGCUGCUUGUCUUGGUCUCGUUUUCAGCGAGAAGCACUUCAACGGGGAUAUCCGGGAAGCUCUUGAGGUUUACGAAGCAGUCCGCAAACCAAGAGCUACAAAAGUGCAAGCUGCUUCUGCUAGAGCGAGGGAAAAUAUUCAUGAGCGUAUUGGCUUUUCCGAUAACACGAACAACCCACUGUAUAAAGUUAAGGAUGAGAAGAAUAAGCUCACCAUCGAGGAGAUGAAUACUUACGAUAUGCAUAAACAUGUUGAAGAGGUAUUCGCCCAACGUAGGGGUGGAAGCAAUAAACUGUAG